UGGUAGCCGACGACGACGACGACGACGUUAGGCGACGUCGACGACGUUCUCCGUCGCGUACCCCGCGCGCUACCGCUACCCAUUCCGCUCAUAACCAUAUCUGGACUUAAUUAUUGGGGCUGCCGAUUACCAGCGCAACCAUUUUCGGCCCCAGAGCAACCCCAAUAAUUGGAAAAUGUCCGGAAUCGCGGCGGCGGGCCUCGUGGCCUUCGACUCCAUCAAGUCCAAAGCGACGCAAAAACUUGCUGGACUCAGAAGAAGCAAUGCUGGCUACGAGGAAUUCGAGAUGCCCCGCGAGGGUAGCAAAGACAAUCAGGGGUUCGAGGGCGAGCGGGCAUACAGUAGACAAGGCUCGUUCGAAUCAUUCCCGGAACACGAAAGACCACCAUUGCGUCACAUCGACACGUACUGCAUGCCAGAAUGUCCCUGUUUAUCGAAGAGAUACACCAUCGCAACGUUGGCUUGCUUAGGAUUCGUCAUUUCGUUUGGCAUGAGGUGUAACAUGGGCAUGGCGAAGCUAGCCAUGAAGAACGCCACCGAUGGCGACAAUAGCACCCUAAUGUUCAACUGGACAGUGGGUACGGAGAGUGCCCUCGACUCGUCCUUCUUCUGGGGCUACCUGGUGACCCAAGUACCAGGAGGAUUUCUAGCUUCCCUCUAUCCAGCGAACAGAAUAUUCGGCGCCGCCAUCGCCGUAUCCUCUUUCUUGAACCUCCUGGUACCUGGUGCUCUGAAAGUAGAUCCCAUCGCCGACAUGUGCGUGCAGGUCCUGAAAGGAUUGGUGGAGGGUGUCACGUAUCCAGCGUGCCACGGUAUUUGGAAGUAUUGGGCGCCGCCAUUGGAGAGAUCGCGAUUGGCGACGUUGGCCUUCUGCGGCUCUUACGCCGCCAUGGUCAUAGGAAUGCCUCUCUCCGGUUAUUUGAGUCAAUGGUUCGGAUGGACGGCGUCGUUUUACUUCUACGGCAUGUGUGGAUUGAUCUGGUACUGUUUCUGGCUGUGGCUGGCCUUCGAGAAGCCGUCCAAACACCCGUGCAUCUCGACGCGCGAGCUUCGCUACAUCGAGGACUCUCUCGGCCAAGGACAAGCGCAUUUGCCCAUACCAACAUUCGCCACGACACCGUGGCGGAAGUUCUUGACGUCCAUGCCGGUGCACGCCAUCAUCGUCGCUAAUUUCUGCAGAUCAUGGAAUUUCUACCUGCUGGUGCUCUUCCAGGCGCGGUUCAUGCACGAGUCCUUUGGCAUGCCUCUGGUCGAAACUGGUGUGAUCGGUUCCCUUCCUCACUUGCUGAUGACGACGAUCGUGCCUUGCGGAGGGUUGCUCGCCGAUCACCUCCGCAAACGUGGGAUAAUGUCGACGACCAAUGUCAGGAAGCUGUUCAACUGCGGUGGUUUCGGUAUGGAGGCUCUCUUCUUCUUGGUAGUGGCGAACGCGACCACUCACAAGAAUGGCACAGCAGCUACCGUCGCUCUCGCGAUCGGAGUCGCGUGCAGUGGCUUCGCCAUUUCCGGUUUCAACGUCAACCACUUGGAUAUCGCGCCCAGAUACGCCAGUAUUUUGAUGGGGAUGUCGAAUGGGAUUGGCACAAUAGCGGGACUUCUGGUACCCUUCUUCGUGGACAACAUCACAGAGAAGAAGGACGCUCAGAGUUGGAAGAACGUCUUCAUCAUUGCUGCGUGCGUGCACAUCUUCGGCGUGACCUUUUACGGGAUCUUUUGUUCCGGAGAGCUGCAACCAUGGGCCGAUCCUUCCCUGGAGGAGCAAAAGAGUUGGAAUGCUAUGGACGAAUUUGGCCAAGCGAAACCACCAGUACCGCCACCCCCGAAGACCAUGCAGUCCGAAUUCAUUAAACAACCAUCCAUGGGUGGAGGUGCCGACGACUGGGACAAUUACGAGCAACCACCAGCGGACAAUACGUACGCCCAGCAGGAUAAACCCGUGAUAAGCUACGGAUCGACGGAAACGAAUAGCAACCCCUUCCACUCGACGAAUCCCUUCGUCACCGACGUGAACGCGUCUCUGGUGCAACCACCAGCGACGGACGACUACACGCACGACGUGAUGCAGCAUCAGCAGUGGAACUAAAUUUGUCAAUACGGUUGAGAGCAUGCGUAAGGAAAUCUUCAUUUUAAGCUGACGAAUUGCUUGGUUGUUGGUCUUCGUUUUUCAACUGCCCCUGGUACUUCCAUUCACCUUUAAAACAUCCCAGAAUUCGUUCCAUCCGAGUUAUCGAGCUUCCGGUGAAUUAUAACGAACGUAACGUGUGUCUUCGAGAAAAUUUAAGUAGCGAAUUUAGUUAGAAUUGUUAAACGAUACGUGGUUUUUCCGAAGAAUGAAGUACCAGGGGAAGAAGAUGAGGAAUAAGUUCUCGAUCAUUCGAGGUGCUUCAUAUUUUGAAUUAGAGUACAAGGGGUGGGAAUUUCUUUUUCAUCGUCAUACCUAAGAGUGCAGGGUAUAGUGCUGCGAGUCGUCGCGCAGAGAAUGAAGCAAUUUUUCUAACAAAAAUAAGCGCUGGAAGAUAACCGUGAACAGCGAUGAUACGCGAAAGAAAAUCAAAGAAAAAGUCUUUUGCGUUGAUUAUCAGUUUAAGAGAAUGAACUUGAAAUCGGCCUGAGCACGCCAUCCACUGCAAAGAUUGCAGGAAAAUUGCCUAACGUGAAAGUAAUUAGGAUAGAGAAACAAAAAAAGAAAAACAUUGAAAGUAUUAUAAUUAAGAAGGAAACACUCCGUUAUUAUUAAUUCACGGAUUUCUAUUAUGCAAAUAGAGAACCAUUCUCGAAGAAACUGUACGCAGAUAAUAAGCAAGCAGCCAAACCUUCGCAGACAAUAAUUCCUCGAAGACAAUAACGAGAAGGUUUGGGAGAAAUAAAACGAAUCGGUUCAGCACGAUUUGCUGAGACUUUUAGGUAUUUUCCAUAUCGUUCUUCCUUCUUUUUACGCUAAUGGCAGAACUCAACGAUACGGAACUUUAGAAACAUAGCAAUAAAAUAGAAGGAAACCAAUAUUGAUCAUUUAAGAUGCCGCUCGUCGAGCGUUUAAGCGACGAAGGAAGGUGCGCGCGCAUCGUUCCGAACGGCGUGCAUUUUGAAAUAGUACAACCGAUUGAAUCGACGAUAAACCAACGCACGGUGAAUGGAACGAAUUAAUUAUCGAUACGUCAAUAUUUUCACCACGGGACUAGCGGGUUCCGAUAAUUAAUCCGUCGAUCGGAAGACGCGGUUUCCGUGGAACGUUGGGUUAAGGGAAAUAAAAAAGAAAAGGAAGAAAACGCGUCGGCACGUUUAUCCAGGUACAAGUCGUAUCGUAGACGAAGGUUAUCCAAGCCUUUCGAGUUUAAAUGUAAAAGCACACGGAUCCUAUAGGAAUUCUGAAACGUAUGAAAGUAUUCGUAAGAAAGUGAUAACAAGAUGAAAGUAUUAGUACGAUAAGAUGUAAAGUACCGUAGAGCUCUAUUUGUUGGGACCUGAUUUCUUCGAGUGCGUUCACACCUUGCGCGAAGGAUCUUCGAUGAAACCUCUGCGUGACCUCUUCAGACACUCCUCCUUUCCGUUCAGUUUGAUAGAACUUCCGUUCCACUGAUACUCGGUGGCCUUGAACGGACUUUCGAGAACUUUGAAACCGGGAGUCUUGUAGCACAAAAUAUUACUUAUCUCCUAUAUAUAGCAGACAGGAACAUUCGUUAAUGUCUGAGGGGGUUGAGCGAGAUUGACUCGAAAUUCCAGGAACGUUUAUGUCAAUAUCGAUAGAUUAAUCGCAGAGAAAUAUAUUGGAACGCUAUACCCAGCGAUCCUGGGAUUAUUUGGAUGACGACGUCGCACGGUUCGGAUGCAUCGAGUUCUACCGUACGUAUUUGAUGAAAGUAUAUAAAUGAAAGUUCGAACGUCAGUUCGUUAAUUAGGAAGACACCGCGUUAUAUACAUUGUCCUAGAUGUUUGUACUUCGUAUUACUACUACAUGUAUCCUCACACGGACAUACACACAGACACACAUACACGUACAAACGUAUAUAUAUAAAUAUAUAUUUCGUUACUAUAUUCGAAUGUUGUCGGUGAUACCUGAAUCACCGAAUCAGGAAACAGGAUAUGUAUAGAGAAUGGGGAAUGACGGGGUGUCCAAUUAAUUGCACUGUUUCGCGGGCGAAUCGUAAAACAAUAUAGAUGUAUAUACUCGUACGUUCGAGGAGCGUGCAUAGUAAGUCCACACUUGCACAGUCGAACCGUCGAUCGAUCGUUUCUACGGUUAAAGAAUUUCAUUUAAUUUAACUGCAGAGAAAGUAUUAAGGGAGCCGAUUAAAUUAAAAUUUCAUUUUCUCUCUUUCGACUUUCCUUUUUGUAAAAUGACAAUAAUAGACGAAGGAGGAAACUGAGGAAAUCGUAUUCCGAGUUCGAGUGAAAUUUCUGGAGCUCUAAAAGAUGGAAGUAAACGGGCGAAGGGGUGCAAACUGGGAAACGAUCGAUCGAGGGUACACUGGGUACAUCCAACGUCGAAUCAUAAAGUUAGGUGAGACACUGCGUACAUUAUUCGAGCAGCUCUUCUUUUCGUUGCCCGAAAAUCCACGAGAUUAGUCAAUUGACGCGAUACCUUUUUAAAAGUUAUAGAUUCAUAAUAUGAGGUACGUAUAUAAAUAUGAUUAUAUAUAUAUAUAUAUAUACAUAUGAGUAUAUAUAUAUGUAUGUGGCCGAUAUAUAAUUCUACGCGCGAAGUUAGGUGUUACACAAGUGAUUCUUAACAAUCUCAACUAAUAUACAUGUACACAUACGCAUAUAUAUGUACACAUCGAGCUCAUUUCCUUUUGCAAUAUAUUCCAAUCUUUUUCUCGCUGGAAUCGUGUUCGUUUAACGAUUAUUAAAUCUUAUCGUGGAAGGCUGAUUGCUCUUCAGUCUCGAUAGUUCGUUCGAGACUGUGAAACGAUCGUUCUUCGACUUGUAUACGUGCCAGCUUGUCUAUGGGAUACUUAAUGACAAAGACUGCGAGAACGCAGUGAUAUAUUUCAUACUCUAUUUCAUUUCAUCGAUAAUCGUAAUUUUUUGGGGGUUUUCGAGACAAGCACGCGAAGAGAUAUCUUAAUUGAAAAGCAAUGAUUCCUUAAUGAUACGAAUCUCGGUAUUUCCAUAUGUAAAUAAUAUAACGUAAUAUCGAUCGUUUAACUUAACGAAUACUAUACGACGAAGGGGUUAGUAUACAAAGUAUCAAAUGAUAUGCAUAUACAGGGUCAGGUGUAAUGUGUAAACUAAAAAAGAGGUUCUGUUUGUUAUCUACUGUUGGAAUAAAAUAUUGGCCCAAUUUUUCAAGCCUUUGACACAAGUAUAAAAAGACGUUUCUAACUGACUCAAUUUUCAAGAAACUCGGUCAGUUUUCUCGUGAAAUUAUUUUUUUUUUUAACUGUGCCACCACUUACGACCUUGUACAUGACAUACUGCAUUAUUGUACUAUUCCAUAUACGGAUAUAUAUGUAUGUAUGUAUGUAUAUAUCGUUAAUGGCAAGGUGUAUGACGAUCGAUACUAAUCGUGUGUAAUCGAAAACAAGCGUAAAGCUCGGUAAGCGUGUUAACAAUUGCUAGAAUUUAACGAUGCGCUUUGAAAUAUUUAUUUUAUGGAGGACAAUAAUACCUUGUAAUAUCCCAUGCACGUGUUAUGACGAAGCAACAAAUCCAAUUAGUGUUUCUACGCAAUCUGUUGUUAGCACUUGUUUAAGGGAACGCGUUAACUCUUCGUUUUUUUAUAUACAUAUAUAUAUAUAUAUACAUAUAAAAUAACAUUUAAAGGACAGGAGCAUAAUCAACAAAAGACAAUAAACACACACUCCUGACGAUGAACGUUGAAAAUUACGAAAUAAUCAAAAGCAACAAAACUUCUUAGUAAAAUCUUGAAUUUUUUAGAUAAUCUAUUUUUUAAGAAAAGUGUUUCGCUAAUUCUAGAAGAAAUUAUAUAUAGUCCAGUAACACGAAUGUAAGGACUAUUAAUUUUUUUUUAAGAGUGUAACAGAAGGCUUCGAAUUCCGUUACAUUGAAGAUAAUUGACAAUAUUUUGCUAAAAAAAAAAAAAAAAAGGAGAAAGAUUCGUACAAUGUAUUUUGAACAGAUUUAUAUACACCGUGACGCGAAACGAGGAGUUAACGGUCAUACGGCGCGAAACCUAUUUCGUCGACGCGAACGCAACGAUUUUUUGGAUUGUUUUAUACAAUGGUAGUUCGUUAUUACGCUUCGGACAUCGUGUUCCCCGCGUUACGUUGCAGCCGUUACGCUUCUGUAAUAGUUUGCGCGGGCGUAAUGUUGUCGACAAUAACCAACGGACGAUAAUAAUAGAGUCACGAUUGCUUGCUUGACAAUAAUCACUGUAAUCGUAACGCCAGAGGGGUUGCGCUUAAAUCGUACCUUCUCAGGAACUUUCACUAUUACGAGGACUAUUAAUGGGAACCUUGUUUAUCGUAUUUGCACGUUGAUGAGUGAGAAGAAACCAAAGCGAGGUUGAAAAGAAUUAAAAAUGAAGAGCAGAGAAGAGAUCAUUCGGGUUACGCAACGUGGCAGACCAGUGAAUUUAUUUUCUACUUCGGAAUUCUUGUCGAUUUUGUAUACGAAAAAAUUUGUAUGACUAGCGAGGCAAUAUUCUCCGAUAACAACGCUGUUACUUUACAAAACUGAUCGAAGAAUUUAUGACAGAUUAAUAACGAACCUCUCACAUGGUGGAUGAUAAUUCACUGUGAGUCAGGAACGAGCACGAUUUGAGCGCAUUCGUCCUGGCACGGACAAUAAUAGCUAACCUACCUUCCGAAUAAGUUCAUGUUGCUUUCUUUUGGGGGAAAGCCGGAAAUUUCAACGGAAGAUCGUUGCAUGCGAUGUCUGUCAUCUCUCGACAGAUUUGACACUGGAGUACCGAGCGGAACGACUAAGUCGUUACGUUAACGAAAGAAAAGUCAGGAAAGUUUCCUGAUUAUGGAGUACGUUUGCAAAACUGGUUCAUGGUGGUACCACAACGUUUUUACAUUUAUGGUGGAGCGGAGUCGGAGUUGUCCCUCGUAAAAAGCCUCGACUGACUAUGUAUUUUUUGAAACAGUAUUUAACUCUGUCGAAGCCUCGGAUGAAAUACGAAAUGAAUUUAUAGUUAGGAAGGGAGCGGUUAAUUGCAGAGAGGGGAAGGGAGAAAUUUAUGAAUGAGUGUCCGCAGUGCUGGUUGCAUUUAAGCAGGGAAACGUCGUAACAGCAAUGACGGAUCAAAACAAUGAAACAUUAGAGAUAUACUUGGUUAAUGAACGCGCAUGAGGUUGUGUGUAAUAGAAUGUUGAAAUAUCACACGGAGAUUGGAUCAGACGAAUCAAUGAAAUACUGAGGUAAUGAUACAUUUAAAACUGACGUGAACGAGCAAGCGAACGAAUAUUAAAGUAAUUGCUGAAAUAGCAAAAUCUUGAAAGUAUAUAUUAAAAAAAUAUUAAGGAAUUAGCAUACUGAGCUACAAAAAUAUUUAAAUACUAAGGUGUACCAAUAGUGCAACAUUAAACUAAUACAGCACUGAGUAAAGAAUAAAUUACAAUAACAAAAUACUGUUAAUAACGCUGAGGUAACCUCAGAAUCGCUGAAAGUACCAGAAUCGUGACUCUGCUCUGCCGUUUCGGGAAUGGCAAAUUCUUUUUUUUUUGUUUUGUUUAAUCGUGACUCGCAUUACACGUCAACAUGACGCUGCGUCGAACCUAUUAUAUUCGUCAUUGUAUUGAGUACUAUUGAGGUAGUGACCGGCCUAACCUAAUCCAUGUUUAUCCAUUGUCAGAGCAAGAGGUGGGAGAUGGGGGGUUGAACUUGAGGUAUACAUUCGCUGUAAACACUACAGAGAAAUACCUAGGAUAAGUUCUAAUGCUGUUCGAACAAUAAUACUGAUAUAUUUAUACGAAUAUAUAGCUCCGAGAAUAAUUUACGACAAUAACAAGAUACAGGGUGGGCCGUACCGCGUAUUCGAGGGUGGACUACAGGAAUGUCGAAUCUCUUCGUUCAUUGCCGCGUCCACUUUUAUCGGCGUAUCCUGUAUCGCUUUAAUAACGACUAGCUUUACAUAUACAUAUAAUCAAAGCUACAGAGUCGUCUACACACAGGGUUUGCCACCCUUACGCAUUCUAAACACCGAUGGCGUCCGAGAACACUGAUUUCAAAAUGAAACUAAAGUCUAUACGUGAACCUAGGAUCCUUAUUUACUAGUAGAAUAUAAAUAUAAUUAAACUGGAGUUUAUUAGAAAAUGGAUAUCGUAGCUUCUCGAUAGUGGCAACCCUUGUGUACAUUAUUUACACGAUAUUAAACACUAAAUAGAGGAAAAAUGGAAGGUUGCAUUUAUCUGCGAGUAUGAUCACUUAUUUUUCGUCGGAAUCUACGUGUUGAGAGGUGAAUGCAGAGGGUUCGUAGCCCGUCUUUACAGAGAUGAGAAUAUUUUAAGAUUGCUCAGCAACGCGAAACAAUUACAGACAAAUUACUAGAUUCAGUUACAUAGGUUAAUCCUCUGCAGUGUGUUAAUGUAGCCAUAGCUGACAUCGAAUACAAAUUUUAUUUCAUUUGAAUUUGUAAAGUUUAUCAUGUUUUCGAUGAGUUUAGGUGAAAUUUCUUUGUUGUAAUUGUUGAGUAUUAUUCCAACUUUUAACGUUAUCGUGGAAGAAUAUAUUAUGCUAGAAUUAAUUGUAUCUAUCAUUAAAACAAUAUGUAACAAACAUUCCCCCGACCACUUUACAAUUCCAACAACGUACCAUUCGAAUUGCCCGAAUAUUUUCUUCGGAUACGAUUAAGGGACCGUGUAUAAGAGAUUAGAGAUUGUAUUAGAGCUGGAUACGCUACUGUCUCUGGGCGCAACUGUAUAUCGCGUGAAAUAUCUAGACAAUGCUUGUAUAUUGUAUCAUUUACUCGAAAGGGGAGAAAAUAUUAACUAUCGCUUAAACAAAAGUACGUACAGUCGCGUCGACUAUAGCGAAUAAGCAUCGUAUGUAAUAUACCAUAUCAUUAAAUGGUGAAUAUAUAUUACAUCUAAUAUACUAUAUAAUUACAUGAUGAAUAUACGUUAUACACAAUAUACUAUAUAAUUGUAUACCAAAAAUAUAUAUUCGCUAUGCUCGACUCGACUAUAAUUAAUUUUGUUUCAAACGUCAAGCACUCUACCAUUUUCGUUUAAACAAAUGAAGGAACCACUGGAAACUCUGUAUGUAUAAACAUAAUCUGCAUGUACAUACACACGUUAGUGUAUGUAUAUACCCAUGUGCAACUUGUCACAUGUCCCCGUAUACAUACGCCACACGUGUAUCGAUAGUUUUCGUCGUUACGUGUACAUUUCUUAGGUACGCUAAUUAAGAUAAACGUGGCCGUGUCGCUCUAUUAAUCUUGUUUCGCGAGAGGAUAUGAGUUAAUCGGUAUCGACAAUAACGGAAGACGCUCGCAAAUGAAAUGAAAGUAAUAUGUUAUAAGGACAAUAAAGUAGAAAACGUUUCAGAGAUUAUACGUACUUGUCUGUAUUACGCGAAAUCGAUUUCACCGUGACACUUUCGUGCUUUCAUUUCCCAUAGCGUGAACGACACUUUUUGGAGAAAAUUGACGUGGAAGUGAUACCGCGAAUUAGUUGAGAGGAUCGAUUGUUUGCCACUUCCGUUUCACGCUUCAAGAGACUGUUGAUUGUUGCUGAUUUAUGAAAUUUUUACAUCUGUCGUUCAAGAUAUUGUAUAUAUUUAUUGCGCUUAGAAAUUAUUUAAGAUUCUUUAUCGAGCUGUCACGCUCAGCGUUGAACAUGUUUUGUAUGUUUAAUUCACUUAGAAAUUAAUGUUAUGUUUACGCUUAGAAAUUUAUGUUACUUGUAUCUAACGAGUAAUAAACAGUUUCACAUUUACACGACAAUUUUGAUAAGCAAGAGGUGUCGGUCACGUCAGGAGAAAAUUACUAUUAUCGCAAAGCACGAACGUUUUACGAUGGGAAUAUUGAAUUCUAAGCUUCUCGUGACUUGUCGUUAGGUAUCGAAUAGUAGGCUUACGAAUUUCUCGUUGAUAUUAUUAAACUUCUGUUCGUGAAACGUUCAAAUUGUAUCACAAAUGUAUGCGAUCGGUCGAGGAGACUGUUUUGUGUCACGCGAAAUAAUUUAUGAGUAAUUCCUCGCGGUACUCGUAUUUAGAUGGGUGUCCGUACGCAUGUGUGUGUGUGCGUGUGUGCGUAUGCGCGCGUGUGUGUACAUAUACAUACUUAUAUAUACGUAUAUAUAUACGCAUAUACAUAUUAUAAUAUAAAUUUGAUCGAUCCUAGUGUAUCGAACUGACAAUAUUAAUGUUGAUCGGAUUUAUUGUUUAACGGACAAUAACGUAUUUGUUAAGGGUAUUCGAGAGCUAGAAUUACGCGUGAGUCAAAAGAAUCUGCUCUUCCGUGCUGUGCAUCAAAGUACACGAUCUUAGUGUCAACGAUCUAUCCAUGCUCGAUCACACUAUUCUCAUUCUCCAGCUGGGCGCCUUCGAUUAGCGCGUGGCCAUCGAUUCUCGGCACCUUCGAGUGCCAUUAUCGCGGCGUUGAAGUCUCCUGAGCACUCGCAGUGCUUCCUCUACCUCGCCCUAAAUCAACUCUCGUUUUACAAAGAAAUUACAAGUUUAACUACCGAAAUUUUUCGAUUAACGUCUCUGGAUAAAUUGCCAUCUUGGACCUGUUGACUAUUUAAACUAUAAUUUGACUUCAAUACUUUGAAUCAAACGGCAACGCGUCGAUGGCUGACGCCCAGCGUCGGUUCGAAUGUCUUAGACAGAAACGUAGGACUCAAUUUGUCGCGUGUAUCAUUGUAAACUGGCGAAACACACAUACUCUGUGUCUUGAUUCGUUGUUACUUUAACGUUCUUCAGAUUCACGAUUCGCACCCUCGCGCGGCGUUUUUUCAUAAUGAUCUCCGAGACAUGGCAAGAAAAAAAAAAAUAGAAAACAGUAAUCUAUGUACCCGCGGUGGGCAUUUUAAAAAAAAAAUCUAUUUUGACUGUUUGAACGAAAAAAAAAUAAAAAAAAAAAUACAAAAAUAGCGGGCCUGUUCUAUAUACACACUAGUAGCUGCAAAAAAAAAGUUAGAGCGAAAAAUGAAUCAUUGUUACACGCCGGUAAGGUCUGGUUUGUUAAUAAUUAUUACAACAAUAAUUAUGUAAAAUAUGUAUGUAUACUGUAAUUUUGAGUGUAUUAUGUAAUUAAAAACAAGAAAUACCGAUUAUUGACAAUAAAUUCAAAGCCGAUCUUUUCAA